GAGAGAGAGAAAGAUCGGAAACGAAAAGUGCAAACGACUAGGAUCUCGGCGCUUCGCAACUCUCGCCGUUUUGACGAACGUCGUGCCAGGGUCCCCGCGGAUCCCGAACUAGCCCCUGUCUCGGUCUCUGAUGCCCCGGUUCCUUUCCCAUCAGCGGAGAUGCUUUCCGACUCGGUGUACAACUACGCGACGACCCGGCGGGGGACCGCCGACCAGGACAGCGACUCCCAGUACGAGGGCCAGGCCCAGCUGCAGAUCACGAGCAUCCAGAAGCCGCGCAACAAGCGCAAAAACUUCAAGCCGAUAAGCAGCCGGAUGGUGGAGGUGUCCGAUGAGUCCGAGAAGGAGGACGAAGAACUGGAGGCGAUAGAGGAGAGCUCGAGCGAGAUACUCGAGUACGAGAGGAAGACGAUGCUGUUGCCAGCGGAGGAUAGGUCGAAGCAGAGGCUGAACAACAACGAGGUCAGCCCCAUGGACCUGUCCGUUGCCACCAGGCCGCCGUCCUCCGAGGCUGACGACGACAGCGGCGAUUCCCUCAGGCACAAGUUCAUCCUGGAGCAGCUGAGAUCUCAGAAACUCUACUCCCCUGGUACCGAGGCCAGGAGUCCCAACUCGGAAUCGUCGGAGAAAAGCGGAAGCGGUGUCCUGGACGCGGAAUCCGGGCGGUUGGACGAUACCCCGUUCGAGGAUGACCGAGGGCAGGAUGCCGACGGUGAGACCGAGUGCGAGGAGAGAAAACCCUUCGAGGGAAUGAGGGAGUACGCCGAAUCGACUAUGCAGGAGCUGUUGGCGAUCUACGGGCUGGCGGGAGGAGAAUUGGCCAAGUCAGUGAGCAGACAGCUACCGCCGACCUUCCUGAACCCCGCGACUGGUCAUCAGCCUCACGGGAAGGUGAAAGUGAAAGAGGAAAAGGAUGCUUCGUCAAUGGCGCCAGGAAGCCCGCCGACGCCACCGCACACCCCCCAAAGCCCGCCCCGUCACAAUCCACCCCCCAGCAACCUGUCUCAGUCCUGUCAGACGUCGAACGCGAAUUCCCCGAAUCUGCAACAGCAACAGCAGCAACAGCAACAGCACCAAUCCCUUCACGCGAUGGCGAACACACCCCUGAGUCAGAUUCUCGUGCAGAAUCCGGCGCUUGCUCAACUACUGCAACAGAAUCCUGCGAUUCUGUCGCAGAAUCCGCAAUUGGCGCAGUUGCUGCAGCAGAAUCUUCAAGUUCAGAUGGGCAGCGUCCUUUUCCAGAACGCCAGGAGGGAGGAACCUGAAGAGUCGUGGGUACCGCCGACAAUAGCGAGCCUGGCGGCGAUGAAGGUGGACGCAGCUGACCCGAAGGUUUCCGACAAGCACAAAUCGUAUCACAUCAAAGACGAGCAAUUAUCCCGAGAUGGGUUCAAGAAAUUCAUGAAGUCCGAGGCCUGUACCUUCGAGCAGUGCCGUUUUUCACGCGUCUGCAAUCACAUCCACUGCAUACGGCCCCACUGUAGCUACGUUCUUCAUUCCGCGGGUCAACUGUUUUCCCAUAAACGAAAGCACGAGCGUCACGAAACCGAAUUGGCUUACAGAAAGUACAAGCAGAUUAACGCCGUUGGUGGGAUUCGACCGCCUGGAUCCUGGCCACCGGACGAUCUCAGCACGCAAAGCCUUUCCCUCAGCCUUAACGGCGAAAGCUCCAACGAGGACAGAGGCUCGCCGUCCUAUUAUUCUCUGGAUGAUUCCUUUCAGAGCGGAAGCGACCUAGCCAUGGAUCUCACCGCGCCUACCACCACGGUCGCUGCCAGUGGAAGUUCCACGGUCACCGUCGACCAGCAGCAUCAACAGCAACAACAGCAGAGCCAACAGCUCACCGCCACGGAACUCGCCUAUCUGGUACCCGCCACCUCCGACUGUCCCUGUCAUCUAGGUAGGGAACAUCAUCAUUGCGGAUUAGAUCGUUGCGGGGCAGCCCUGAAGGAUCCCCGCGAGGUUAGGGAACAUCUGAGGGAACACGAGACCCAGGAACGCAUCACGGAUGCGUUCUUCGAGGAGGGCGGCUGCGACGACAGUUGUCCCUACGCCGACAAGGAGAAGCAUUAUCACUGCAACUGGGAGAACUGUCGCGAGGUGAUCCUUUCCACCGACAAACCCUUCCGUCGACUCCAGCAUUACAAGAUCCACGAGUACAGUCGACAGUUGAACCUCUCCUGCUCUUCUCACGCGCUCUCCUCCGACGUCACGUUGACCCACCUGACCAACAUCGACGCGAUGUUCAGGCGGAAGAGAGGCAGGCCUCCGAAGAACAGAGUGAUCGAGAUCUGGUCCGGCGGCGAUCCCGCCACGCAUACUCACGAUUCUCCGCAAGCCAUCUUCACCAGCUUCAAGCUACCGAAACCCCAGACACCUAGUCUGACGCCUAAUCCCAUGACGGAGGAUCGAGAAGGAAGCGUAUCGCCUUCGAACAGCCUCGGUGAACCCGAAGGGUUCUCGACCUAUAAUCCUGACGGAUGUCCAGAUCCGGCUUGCGUUCUCAGAUCCACCAGACACCAUCAUUGUUCGCAGCUGAGGUGUCACUUCUCCACCGAUAGACCCGACCAGCUACUCAUGCAUAGCAAAGACUUUCACGAUAACGUCGACAUACCGCCCGGCUUUGCCUUCUUCGAUAAGAUGGUAGAUUGUCGACUGGUCGGUUGUCACAGUAAUCGAGUUAAUCGGCAUUUCCACUGUACCAGACCGAACUGCGGCUACUCGUUCGUCAGAUACUCGACCAUGGCGAUGCACGAAAAGCAGCACGGUAGUCACGGCGAGGAUCGAUUGGAAUCCUCGUCGAACCAAGAGUGUCAGACGCAAAUGCAGCCGGUCGUUCAGGAAACCAAGCCCAGGAUUCAAGUAAAGAAUCCGGCCGAGCUGAUCGAGAAACCCGAGGAUAGUUUGACCGGGGCCGACAUCGAGAACAGAUCGAUGAUGGACGAGAAGGAAUCGGAGAUCCCGAGCCCCCCGGAUGUUAACAAGACCACCGUGGUGAGGGCGGCAGGCACCUAUUAUCCGGUCAGUGGACCGCCGAGUGAACCCGCACUUCCGGGCGUCGUGCUAUCCAUGCGAACUUCCGUGCACCAAGAGUCUCCGGUUCUUCCGUCCACCAGCUCGGCCUCGCCGCACACCCUCUACGGACCGGAACAGAGCUGCAGCAGGCCCUUCUGCAAAUUGAAACGUAAAAAUCAUUACCACUGCAACGCGUGCAAUCAAGCGUUCUCCGAACUGGACCGACUGGUGGCCCAUAUAGCGAAACACUCGACAGGUGCCAUUCUCAGUCAACAGCAGCACGAUUUGGCUAGUCAAGCGCCGAAUCAGCUGCAGCACGACUACUUCGCGCAGUUGUCGCAGAAGCACGACUUCAUGGCGCAGAACGCUCAAAUGGCUCAGAAUAUUCAGAAUUUCCAGAAUCAGAUGCAACGUCAGAUGCAGCAGACUCUGGGCCAGAUGAGUCAGCAAACCCAAGUGAAGGAGGUGAAGAUCGAACCGACGAGAUGCGGCGCGGACGUGGGUGUUCAGAACGUUCCGAACGUGAAGAGGGAGCCCAGCGAGGUCUCGAGGGACGAAGGGAAUAAUUCGGUGAUGGAUAACAACGAGAACGGCCAGUUGUCCCAGCCGAGUAUGCCACCCAGUGUUCAACAGUCUCUGGUUCCAACUAGCUUCGAGCUCGAUCUUAGCCACGGAUUUCAUUUCCCUAGCCCGGCCGUAAUGGCCGCUAUGAAUCAGCAAAUAGCUCUGAUGAAUCAAGCCCUACCACCUUUCCUGCAACACGGUGGCAUGUACACAGGUGGACCAGGGCUGAUGUUCUCGACUGGUCUACCUCCGACGAAUUUUCUACCUCCGGCCAGGGACGAGAACCCCUUAGCCUCGCUGGCGGCGAACCUCAAUUUGAAUAAAAGGUCGCUAACUCCGCCGGACAGUAAUUCUCCCGAGGCGAAGAAACAGAGGCUUCACCACUCCAUGCGGAUGCUGAAGGAUGAACCGGUGCCGGAUGGAUACGUCAGGUUCAGAUUCAACGAAGACUGUAGGUAUUCUCACUGCGGCUACAGAGAACACCAGACGCAUUUUCACUGCAUGCGUCAAGACUGCGGCUACUCGUUCUGCGACAAGACGCGUUUCGUUCAGCACACGGCGAGACACGAGCGGCUGGACACCCUUAUGGGUGGUGAUUUCCAGCAGUACAGAGCCAAUGUUCCCUGCGGCAGAGCUCAGUGCGCGUACACGUCGUCGUUGGGCUCGAUGCAGAACAAAGCCUCGCACUUUCACUGUCUGAAAUGCGAUUUCGUUUGCACGGAUACCAACAAGGUGGUGGCUCACAGGCGGCAACACGCGAAAUUGGACAGUAUCGCGGCAGCGGGCUUUCAAAAGUUCACGCCCAGUCAACCUUGCGGAGGUGUUCAGUGCCAGCAUUCCGGCAAACAGACUCACUAUCACUGUCUUCAGUGUCAGUACGCUGUUUUGGGUCUAGCGCAGAUGUCCGCUCACAAGUAUCGACACAUGGACACAUAACGAUGUCCAUGGGAUUUGCCACUUGUCGGUGACUCAAGAAAGACAAUUCUCUGGUCCCCGUAGACAUUCCUUGAAGAGUCCAGGCCCAAAGCCGAAGAGUGGGCGAGUAAGGAAGCAGCGGGGGGGCUGGAUCCAGUCGACGAAUUCGGAUCCCGCUGAUGAAAUCUGAUUACAAGAGGACUGAGGAAGGAAAAAAAGACAAUUUCAUGCUCCCUGUAGACAUUCCCUGCAGAAUUUGCUCGCGAUUGUCCAUGCCCGAUACACGAUGCGUGUGCGUUUGUUCGACGAGGCUGGAUGAUUAGGAGCAGACCCCGACCGCGGCCUAGUCAUUAAUCUUCAGCCGUUCUAUCGACCAGGAGGUAUCGAUAGCAUUUGCGGCGUGUGUCUUCUCGUUCAGGAUCGAAACAGCACGGAUAUAUCGGUCGAUGCAUCGAAUGGAACUGUUCAGUCAACUCGAUGACUUCGUACUUACGAGAGAGAGAGAGAGAGAGAGAGAGAGAGGGAGAGAGAGAGUGUGUGUGUGA